UAUAGCCAUGUGAAGCAGAUAUACUGCGUGCUGCUACAGCGUGACGAAAGUGCUGUCGUCUUAAAGGUUAAUAAAUAUCAUUAGUUUUCAUUAGUUAUUAUUAGUUAUUAUUUUUGCUGUUGGUGACAAAAACAGCCCGAAGAAAAAUGAAGUUCAUUAUAGGAAUCGGCGGCGUGACCAAUGGUGGAAAAACCACACUGACUGAUAGGUUAGUCAAAGCCUUACCUAACUGUUGUGUGGUUCAUCAAGAUGACUUUUUCAAGCCACCGGAUCAGAUAGAAGUCGGAGAGGACGGCUUUAAACAAUGGGAUGUGAUAACUGCAUUGGAUAUGGAAGCCAUGGUGAAUACCAUUAAGGGUUGGAUUGAGAACCCAGUCAAGUUUGCACGCUCUCAUGGCAUCCAGUUGACCCCAGCGACAGAAAUGGGACCACCAGAGGACGAAAACCACAUCCUCAUUGUGGAGGGAUUUCUUUUGUACAAUUAUAAGCCCCUGAUGGAAGUGUUUAACAAGUGUUACUACAUCACCAUCCCUUAUGAUGUGUGCAAGAGAAGGAGAAGUACAAGACAGUACAUAGUCCCUGACCCUCCAGGCCUGUUUGAUGGUCAUGUGUGGCCCAUGUACCUAAAACACAAAGCAGAGAUGGUGGAAGGCCUAUUGCCCAUUGAAUACCUGGAUGGCUCGAAAUCUAAAGAUGAGAUCUACCAGCAGGUGUAUGAAGACCUCCACAAUACACUUUUGAAUCAUUUAUAGCAGCAGCAUCCUGGCCAGCAGUGCCGUUGUAUACAAUUGUAAAUAGCCCCUCCUAUGAAGAAGUCAUCUUUUUUCAUACUUUUUUCUUUCUUUCUUUUUUUUUUAAACCUUGUUUUAAACCAAAUGUACUUGUAAAUAUGAUGAUGGAAUGUUAACUUAUCACUUUUUUGAGUUUUUUUUCUUUUGUUAUGGUAAAUCUUAAUGUCAUUCUUUCCACUCAAGGAUGCUGUUCUGUGCAUCUGUUCUUAUUCCAUGCAAACAAUUCAAUAAUGGAUUUCAGAAUAAAUUUCCAGUUGUUACCAUGUCA